AUGACGCUGGGUGUCAGCCUCAGUCUGCACUGAUACUCGGUGUUAUUGUGGUCCGAGGCGGCAGGAGCUGAUCUGAGGUGAUGUUUCCCGCCCCUCCACUGCGCGGCGGCCGGCCAUGUUGCGUCGCCGUUGUUCCGGUAUUCCGCACUUUAUUCACCAGCCCGAACCGCCGCUGUUCUUACACGCUAAAGGAAGAAAACGACUUUAGCGGUGCGAAUAAUGGAUUUUUCUUUUACAACCCAUCGACUUUGGACGUUACCCUGAACAGUAAAUAAUUUGCUGCGUAGCCUGUAGUUUGUGUUGUUUUAAUAAGUCGCGACUGUACUCAGAUCUGUGCGGACUGUGGAGGAAUCUUUGAGUUUGGUGGAUUCGGCUGUCUGAAGGCUGGAUGGAUGGAAGGCUAGCUAACAGCUGCUAGUGUUCGUCUCUAUCGGGUUAGCUGCUGCACCGCUGUAGCUCGUCUCUUACAUUGGGUUUAAUCAACUCCACAAGCGUUAACGUUGAGUUUUUCCAAAGGUAUCGGUUUCUUUUGUAGUCGCUCUGAUUUGUUUGUGUGUUUUUUUCCGCCUCGAUAGGUGAGCUAGCAGGCUAGCUAACGUAUUACCUGAUCCCAGGUCGGUCUCACAUACUUCAUUUUAAACGGUCAUUUACCAGGAAACGAUUACGAUUUACAUAUAUACAUAUAUUAAAUAAAUAACACACAAAAACAAACUUUUUUUUAAACAUUUGUUUAUGUUUUUAUUUUUUCAAUAACGGGUACUUUAAUGGUGUUGGCAUGUUGAUUUUCUUCAGACGUACUGAAGUUACCCAGCAAGCAUUCAGUCAGAUUACCUUCUGGUAUCUAGGCUAUAAAUCUAACCAACUAUCUCGGUAAAGUUCACGUUAUACACGUUCGUUUGUCAUUAAAAAAAAUAUCAGUCGGUUAUUUAAAUAGUCGUUUGAUUUAUUAACCCUCUGUCCUGUUGACAUGGAAACGUAUUGGUAACUAAUGUGAGGUUUGACUUGUUGAUUUGUGUCUGCGUGGCUAGCUAGCGUUAGCUAGCGUUAGCUGCCUCUUUCACAUCCCUGGCUGAGGAAAACACAAUAAAAAAUCUGUCAGAUAGAGUCAUUAAAUGUGAGAUUGAAUCCUUUCCGGAAUCAUUUCUGAAAACUCCUCACAAAUGUCAACCCGGAAUCAAGGAUUAGGAGUCAUCGAGCAUUCUUCUGGACAGUGUAUAUUUGAAUAAGCAGCUCCAGUCUCUGUCUCUAUAACAAGGGUCCGUCAUCUCAGGACACCACAGAUCUCCUCCCAAGACCCCCGUAGACCCCAAAGCAGGAGGACGUGCAAGUAUGUCGCGAAGCCGCAACCCCAACGUGACGGGGGACGAUCACCCGCACGUUGGAAACUACCGCCUGCUCAAAACCAUCGGCAAAGGCAACUUUGCAAAAGUUAAACUGGCCAAACAUAUCCUCACUGAGAAAGAGGUGGCAGUGAAAAUCAUUGACAAGACCCAGCUCAAUUCUUCCAGUCUUCAAAAACUCUUCCGAGAAGUGCGAAUCAUGAAGCUAUUAAACCAUCCAAAUAUAGUCAAGUUAUUCGAGGUGAUCGAGACAGAGAAGACACUAUAUUUGGUUAUGGAGUAUGCUAGCGGAGGAGAGGUUUUUGAUUACCUCGUUGCUCAUGGAAGGAUGAAAGAAAAGGAGGCUCGUGCCAAAUUCCGACAGAUUGUUUCUGCUGUACAGUACUGCCACCAGAAGUGUAUUGUACACAGGGACUUAAAGGCUGAAAACCUUUUGCUAGAUGCAGAUAUGAACAUCAAGAUAGCAGACUUUGGUUUCAGCAACGAGUUUACCGUGGGAAAUAAGCUGGACACGUUCUGCGGCAGUCCUCCUUAUGCUGCUCCUGAGCUCUUUCAAGGCAAGAAAUAUGACGGACCCGAGGUGGAUGUCUGGAGCUUGGGGGUCAUCCUCUACACACUGGUCAGCGGCUCCCUGCCCUUUGACGGACAGAACCUGAAAGAGCUUAGAGAACGUGUAUUGAGGGGGAAGUACAGGAUUCCCUUCUAUAUGUCUACGGACUGUGAGAAUCUACUGAAGAAAUUCCUUAUUCUCAACCCAACCAAGAGAGGCAGUCUGGAGCAGAUCAUGAAGGACCGCUGGAUGAAUGUGGGUCAUGAGGAGGAGGAAUUAAAACCCUACACAGAGCCCCAGCCUGACUACAAAGACCCCAAGAGAACAAAUAUCAUGCUGCAAAUGGGCUAUACACAAGAGGAAAUUCAGGAUUCACUUGUCAAACAAAAAUAUGACGAUAUUAUGGCGACGUACCUGCUGCUUGACUAUCGGAACUCUGAGCUUGAUGAAGGUGUCAACAUGUUGAUCAAACCACGACCAGGAAGUGACCUCACAAACAGUAAUGCACCUUCUCCACCUAACAAGGUACAACGCAGCGUAUCCUCUACUCAGAAACCACGAAGGACCGCAGACCAGGUCUCAUACUCUAAAAGGCCUCAGGGGGAUAACAAGUACACAGCUGAAGAUGCAGGGCGGAAAGGGUCCAGUAGCUCGACCAAAGUGCCACCAAGCCCUAUCGUCCCAGGAGACAACAAAAAGAGCUCCACGCCCUCCACUAACAGUAUCCUGUCCACGGGCACAAGCCACAGCAGAAACUCUCCACUGACCGAGAGAUCCUUACUGGGAGUUCAAAAUGGCAAAGACAGCCUGAACAUACCCGGGUCUCGCGCCUCCACGGCCUCGGCCGGCGCCGUACUCACAUCCUCCUCGUCCUCACGUUCCCGCCAUCACAAGUCCAUGUCCUCCUCAGCCCACCCAUGCCCCGCUGACCUGCACGCACACCAGCCCAGUGGUCCUCCCCAGAGAGCGCCUGGCGCAUCACCGUCCGCUUACAACAUCAGCAGCGCGACAGGGACGGAGCGUACCAACUUUCCACGAGGGGUGCCUGCUCGAAACACCUUCCACAUCGGACAGCAGAGAGGGGCACGGGAUCAGCAAAGUUCGCCAUAUCAUGCUUCUCCAGCCUCACCUUCCCUGUCUCAUGGCACGAGCCAGCAGCGGAGACCACCAAACUCAGGCAUCUUCAGCAAGUUUACCUCCAAGUUUGUGCGCAGAAAUCUAUCACUCAGGUUCCCCAGAAGGAGUCCGUAUGAGGGAGAGAAUCGAGACGAGGGCAGCAGAUCCAUGCUGAGUAGCGCCGACAAGGCAGAGAAGACCGGAGUAGGAGGCGGGACACUCGGCUCAGGCGGUGGGGAUGAAAACAAGGAUUCUCUCUCCUCCUCAUCUCCAAGGGGUGGAACUCCGCCACCGUCUGCGAAAGACAACACUAAGCCUCGCUCGCUGCGCUUCACCUGGAGUAUGAAGACCACAUCGUCCAUGGAGCCCACCGAGAUGAUGAAGGAGAUCCGUAAAGUUCUGGACGCUAACAGCUGUGAAUAUGAAGUGCGUGAGCGCUACAUGCUCUUCUGCAUGGCUGGCAACCCCUCCCGUGAUGACUUCGUCCAAUGGGAGAUGGAGGUGUGCAAGCUACCCCGCCUGUCCCUCAACGGCGUGCGCUUCAAAAGGAUUUCCGGCACCUCCAUCGCCUUCAAGAACAUCGCAUCCAAAAUUGCAAAUGAGCUCAAACUAUGAGGAGGGGGAGCAAAGGAUAAAUAGGGAGGAUGGUUAGAGACAGUGAUUUAGGGGAAAGCGGGAAGGUAGGCAGUAACCACUGAAAUGAUUCGUGAGAUAAUAAACGGACAGAUCUUUUUUCUUUUCAGGUGGUUUAGUUGAAAUAAGCUGUACAGAUACUACACACUGAAAUACAGUGUGAGGUAGGUGAGGGGGAAAGUGCUGUAUAUGUUGAUUUUGCUGGGUUCUGUGUCACUAGUCUAAACUCCCAUUUUUCAGUCCAGAAAGAGGGGGAAAGAAAAAAACAAAGUCGUUUUACUUUCAUCCACUAUUAGAAGAUCCUGAUUUGGUAUACACUCCUGAGUUUUAUGAACUCAUUUGGUCUUCAGCUCAUCACUCGCACACACACACACACACACUGGGUAUCCGGACAAUGUUUGAUAUCUGCACAUUUUCAUUUGUUUUGCUGUGUGGAUUGGGGUCAGAGUUUACUCACAAACCCAGGUGUAACCACAUUGUCAGUGGGGUUACACCUCAUCACCACCCAAUAAAGAGGGUCAUUACUUGAAUACCACUCAAGGAAUUGUGUGUUUUAAGGGUUUGGGUGAUUAAUUCUUCAUUGACUAGGUUGUGAUAUAUUGCACUGGAAUGGGUGUAUUUUUGUUGCCUUUUUUCCCCCUUUUAUGAAGAGAAAUCAAAUGUAUUUUAAUGUUGUAAAAUGAAUGAUUUAUUAAUUAUCGUUUCGAUUUUUUUUUUUAAUUCCCUGUGGUUUUAAUCUGCUGUACUGAAUGCCACACAAAAACAUCAGACUUCAACAAACCUCCUGUUCCCCAUGGACUUAACAAUCACUGGAAAAGACACUGAGUAAGAGGACAUCACCUGCGUCAGCACCGCCGUCAUUACAAGACUGAUGUCUAAAUGCCUGUUGGGCUUCAUCUUUUAGCCAACCUUCCAAAUCCAGGAUGCCUACGCCUGAAUGCUGCAGUGGUUCGGUAGCAAAUGAAAUGAGCCCCGACAUCACUUUGAGCAUUACCCUUUUCGUGCUUGUCCCCUUGUGUCAUGUGCAUCAGUCUGAAUGAGAGUGAGUCAUCUGUGUAUAAACAAAAGGUUGCUUUGGGCUUUUUGUCUUGACCUUCAUGCAGUGAUUGUAUUAAGUAGCAGCAAGCCCACCGACAACUACACAUCAGGAGCAGAUGUUCUGACUACCACUUGGUUUAAAUAGGUUGUUAUCAGUUUUGCUAUUCUUGCUCAGGCAUUAGAAGAGCCAGCUGAGAAAGGCAGAGAAAAAGGUGAGCCAUGUCCUGUCUCUCCACUGAGCUAUACAUGUUUAACAUGCAUGGAUACUCACUCAGAUGUUAUGGAACCAGUAGAGGGAGCAAUCUCUUCCAAGUCUGAGUGGUUUGUGGGAUGCUUGUGCACCUGGUUUUUUUUUUUGUUUGUUUGUUUGUUUUAUUAUAUAUAUAUAUAAAAAAAAAUCCCAGAAAGUAAUGUCACAUUAUUUACAGUUUUAUGAUCAUUGUCUAAGGUGCUGGGGGUCCAAUUGUCAUUAUCUAUUAAUAUAAAUUUUCUUCAGGGUUGAUUUUUAUUUCAUAUCAUUUUUCAUUGCUGUAAUUUUAAUAUUUUUCCUUGUCAGAUCUGAUGUAUGUCAGGGAAAGAGAGAACUCCAAAUGUACAUUUGGUGCAGAGCCAGAGAGAUGAUUAUGAUCCACAAUAGUAAUAAAUAAAUGAUGAAACAAAAACUGUGUAAA